AUGCAGCAGCAGAUGGCCGGCCUCGUUCGUCAGGUCACCGGCCUCUCCCCUCGGCCGCACGCCGCCGAUGGGAGCUCCGGCGGCCCCCAUGGGCAGCACCGCGUGGUGGUGCGCACCGGCCGGGCGCGUCCCGGCAGGAUCGUCGCGGCGGCGCACGUGGCUUCCCGGCCCAAAUACUGCCGGCUCCGGGGCGCGGCUGCGGUCGCCGUCCCCGAAACCAGCCGCCAGCAGCUCCUCGAUCAACAACACGUUCGCCCCACCGCACCGAACCAGCUUAUUAGCACCGUCAGGAAGGACAAGUUCUUCGAGAUCGAGAUGAAGGUCCUUGACGACGAGCUCGACGAGUACGGCGUCGUCAACAACGCCAUCUACGCCAGCUACCUCCACAGUGGUCGUGACGUGGUGCUCGAGAAGCUGGGCAUCAGCGUGGACUACUGGACAUCCACGGGCAACGCCAUGGCUCUGUCAGAGCUGAACCUCAAGUACUACGCGCCUCUCAGGAGUGGCGACAGGUUCGUCGUCAAGGUGAAGCCUGUGCAAAUCAAAGGCGUGCGAAUGAUCGUCGAGCACAUGAUCGAGACCCUGCCGGAGCGUAAGCUCGUAUUGGAAGGCAGAGCGACCGUUGUUUGCCUCAACAAAGACUUUCGUCCAACUCGGGUGUUCCCGGAGUUAUCUGCAAGAGCAAUGGAGGUCUUCGCUUGCAAGGUUGCCUAA